UUGAAUUGCCGCGGAGCAAGAUUCAGUGUUAUUGUUGAUUGGCAAGCCAGUAGUUCCGGAAUCAAUAAGAUAUCUUCACAUUCGAUCAGAAUAAGACCUCCGGAUUCCGGCGGCUGUGUAGUUUGUACCUUUUGAUCAGACAAGGUGCUUUGAGAUGUUGAUAUGAAUCUUUCCCCCAAAAUUUUGUUAAUGUUCCAAGUUGCAAAAUGCUUGUGUAAGAGUAUUUAGGAUCCGGGCACUGAGAAUUCGUUGUUUGGAGAAGAUCAAAGUUAAUUUCCCUGCUGUAAGUGAUUUGGAUAUGGUGGAUUGGAUCAUAGAUUCUGAUGUGGUCAGGAGUUGGGUUAAAGGAACAAGAGAGUUCAAAGUAGGAGAGUUGUUGAACCGGUGGUGAAAGUAUACCACUUUACAGUUCCCAAGAGAAGAGUGCCAUGUCUCGUUGCUUCCCGUUUCCACCUCCGGGAUAUGAGAAGAAGAUUAAAACCGAUGAGGCAGCCCUUCUAACAAAGGAGAAGCACAAGAAGAGCAAGAAGGAUAGAGAAAAGAAAGAGGGUAAAGAGAAGAAGCAUAAAGAAAGAAGCAAAGACAAACAUAAGGAAAAGAAGGAGAAAAAGGAGAAACAUGACGAAAGGAAGGACAAAGAUAGGGAUAAAGAAAAAAGCAGAACUUCGGAGGAGAAGAAGGUCGAGGUUCUGCCUGACACAAGGGAUACAGUGAAGCUUGUAACAAAUACCUUGCAGAAGAGUAACAAUGGAGAUUCUAGGUUUGUACAGGACUUGGCAACAAGAAUCAGAGAUGGAGAAGCAGCAACGGGAAGUCAAAGUGAGCAAAAGACUAUAACCUCUGAUAGAAGAAAUGUCGGAUUAACAGGAAGAACAGUUCAGAACAAGAGUUUCUACCCAGUUCAAGAAACCAACCUUAGGAGAGAUGCUGAAAAGAGAAUCAAUCCCCAAAGAAACUUUGCUGUGGCAAAAAGUGCUGAAAAUGUUGCCGCACAAGUGUCAUUUGGCUCAAGUCGGAAAAUAACAGAGGCUAUGUGUAAACCAACGGAGAGAAAAGACCAGGAGAAGCAAAAGGAAACGCCGGAGAAGAAUAAACGCAAGGAAAGUGCGGUUAAGAGUGACAAACCAAGAGAUAGAGAAGGGUUGAACAAAAGUGAACCCAGGGAUAAAGACCGAAACAAAGAGAAGAAGGAAGAGGAAGCCGAGGUGGUAAACCAAGUUGAUCAAGAGAAAACAAAAUUUGUAGAGGGAGGACCCAGAUUGAAAGAGAGAGAUAAAGACUCCCUGGAUACUAGGAAUAGUAAACCGCCUGACCUUUCAAAGGCAAGCAACAAGAACCUUACUAGUGAGGGAAAUCUUGGCAAACGAAAAGAUCUUGAGAGAAAUGGAUUCUUGCAUGAGAAUGGAUUCAACAGACCAAACAAGUUACAGAGGCCGGCUGCUUCUCCUAUAUCAUCAGGUGUGGGAAAUGGAAGAAAGUUGGGACCAACCCGAACUGAGCUGCAAUCUGUGGAAACCAAAACUCCUCCAAAAUCUGCGUCGGAGCAGCAAGGAACAAGUUGCAGGCCAGACGUGAAGGAUCACAGAGUUAAUGGUUUCGUCGGUUCUCGAGAGCUCAAAGCUGUUCCACUGAAUUCUUUGGCUGCACCAGUGAAAGUGCAAGUCAAAGAAAAUGGUGAAGCAUCGGUGACACUGCCGCAUCCUGACCUGAAGUAUCUGAAUCAGAUACUUGGUAUACCCGAAAGGGAGGAGCUGCCUCGGUUUGACGAUCAAGAAUGGCUCUUUGAUGACUCCACAGUGAAGUCAAAGAAGCCAAGAACAGAUGAGACACGGGAAGUUUGGGACCAAGCUUUUAGAAUAGAAUCUGCUGACAUUGCAGCACUUCCAUAUGUUGUUCCAUUCUAGUUGACUGCAUAUUCUCGUAUUCAUUUGCCGCAACUGAUGAGGAAGAACCUCCAACGCACGUGUAGCGAGGUGGUUUUUGUCUGGAAGGCUGAUUGAGCAACCAGAUGAGGCAUGCUGCAUCGGUAGCCUGACCGGUUUCCAAAUCAUGGGUCCUGAAGUGAUUAUCUAGGAUUGAAGAUUGUGGGGAUCUGGUUUCAGGGCCAUUUCACAGCUAUAACUCUUACUGGGAUUCAUGGGAAGAUAGAGAGAGAGGACUCUGAUGAAGAGUCAAAUGAGGAAUGCUUAGGUAGUAUCUGAAACUCAGAGAUCUUUUGAAGGGUGAUUCUUGAUCACUGAUCAGUUUCUUACAGGAAAAAGCGAGGUUUGUCAGAAGGAUAUGUGUGGAUAUUUGUUCUGCACGCAAAUUUUGAUUCUGUGUCAGUGGAUGAAUUUGCAUAAGUUGUAAAUUAAAGAGGAUAGAGAAACAGAACCCACGGCCUUGUCUUCAUAGGGGUUUCUUUUACUGUCCUUGCCUAAAUCUACACCCUCCUAGCUCUGUGACCGCUGUAGAGUACAUCUCUAUUUACAUUUGUGGGGAACAAAACUUUAUAGCCU